CAUACGUGAGUUGUCUGCAUUAAUUAGUUCCUCUUCCCCUCUGGUUCCGAUCCUUCACCGUAAAGCUCUUACGACCUUCUUGACUUUAUACAUUUACAAAUUAUUUAUUAAUAAUUACGAAAUUAAAGCUCUUCAAGUCUCAUUUUUCUUUCCCCGGUCAAUCUCAUAAAUCAAUUUGGAAUUAAGAAGAAUGGCAGCACAAGAAGUAGACGAUUUUCUAGAUGAUGAACUAGUAAAUCAAUACAUUGUAUUCCCACCAGAAGUCAUCGCAGCAAUUGAUCAGGUCUUUCCUAGUCAGGAUCCUUUAGACAGAGCUGAUUUCAAUCCAGUUGAUUACAUAAAUAACUUAUUUCCAACUGAACAAUCCCUUUCUAAUAUUGAAGAAGUAAUUUCCGAUUUUCAAGGGAAAAUUCACCAUUUGGAUUCAGAGAUUAAGUCAUGCAUCCGUAGCCAGAGUGGAGUAUCUGCUGAUGGUGCAGCUGCUUUGGAGGAAGCCCAAAUAGCAAUCUGCCAACUGUUUGCACGUAUUAAAGACAUCAGAGCCAAAGCUGAAAAAUCAGAGCACACUGUUCGGGAAAUAACAAGGGACAUAAAGCAACUAGACAUAGCCAAGAGGAAUUUGACAUCUGCAAUUACAACUCUUAACCAUUUACAUUUUCUUGUUUUUGGAGUGGACCAGUUAGAAGUGCUAUGUCAGAAGAGACAGUAUUCUGAAAUUGCUAGCCUAUUGCAAGGUGUAAGUCGAGUAAUGGAACAUUUUACUCCAUAUUUAGAUAUUCCUCAAGUGAAGCAACUGGCUGAUGAAUUGGAUCAAAUAGAAAAAAGGCUUGGAGACCAAAUUUCAAAUGAUUUUAAGGAAGCAUUUUCCGGUAGCGGCCCUAAACAACCGUCAACACUUACCCAGCUUAGUGAAGCUUGCUCAGUUCUCAACGUAAUCGAACCUAGAUUCAAGCGUGAAAUUAUCCGUUGGUUUGUUGGUCUUCAGUUAGUUGAGUACAGCCAUUUGUUCCAAGAGUCAGAGGAAAAUGCAUGGUUAGAUCGAGUCGAUCGCCGAUAUGCUUGGGUAAAGCGUCAUCUCCUGAGCUUUGAGGAGCGAAUGGGACGUAUUUUUUCACAAGAUUGGGAAAUGAGCGAACGCAUAGCUGUUGAGUUCUGCAUUCUCACUAGAAAUGAACUGACAAAAAUAAUGGCCAAACGAGUAAAUGAAAUUGAUGUCAAACUUCUACUGUUUACAUUGCAAAAAACCACGCAGUUUGAGGAGCUUCUAUCACGAAGAUUUACUGGUGCCUCCAUGGAAGAGCUUUUGUCUUCUGAAAAGUCUGCUAAAAAAAUAGAGAGUACUAAUCCUUUUGAAGAACCUGUUGGUAAGAACCCUUUUGAAGAAGAAGAUGAAACUGAAAAGUCAGUUCCAACUAACCAAGCUCAGUUAACAAUAACCGAGUCACUUACGGUGUCACCGUUCCAUGGAUUAAUUAGUCGCUGCUUUGAAAACCAUCUAAAUAUAUUUGUCGAUAGCCAAGACAAAAAUCUGGCGGAACUGAUGGAUCGCUUUGUAGCAGAUUUAAAAAUCCAAGGUCCUUCACUAGCCCAAGCAGAGAUAGAGGGUUGCUGUGUGUUACCUUCGUGUGCAGAUCUUUUUGUUUUCUAUAAAAAAUGCCUCCUGCAAUGUGCUCAGUUGAGUACAGGUCAACCUAUGCUUUCUUUAACAUCCGUCUUUAAGAAAUACCUUAGAGAAUACGCGUCAAGAUUACUUCAGAGUAAUUUACCAAGAUCAAACAACACCAGCUCAAUAACUCCAGUUUUACCCAUGAGCAUGAGUAGCCUGACAAAAGAUUUUACUAGAGAAUUGCGUGACUUGAGUUCAGGCGGUGCUGCUGGAUUAAUUCAAAAUUUUCAGAGCCUUCUUAAGGAAGGUGACAUGUCCAGCACUUCUCCUAAAUAUUCCAAAGACGAUAUUGCUCGAAUCUGCACAAUCUUGACUACAGCUGAAUAUUGUCUAGAAACCACACAGCAACUAGAAGGAAAAUUAAAAGAAAAGGUUCAGCCUGCAUUGGCUGAUAAAGUUGAUCUCGGAUCGGAACAGGAUCUCUUUGGAAGUGUCAUCAGUCAGUGCAUUCAACUCUUGGUGGCGGAUUUGGAAUGUGCCUGUGAACCGGCACUCGUUACUAUGGCUAAGACGGCUUGGCAAACUUGGGAGAGCGUCGGCGAUCAAUCUCAGUACGUUACCCUAAUGACUUCACAAUUUAAACACUAUAUACCCUUUAUCCGCGACUGCCUGGUCUCAUCAAGAAAAUACUUUACACAAUUUUGUAUGCGAUUCGUCAAUGCCUUCAUGACUCGAUUCGUCCAACAACUGUACAAGUGCAAGCCAGUGGGUGUUGUGGGAGCAGAACAGUUACUGCUUGACACCCAUAUGCUUAAAACAGCUUUACUUGAUUUGCCUUCUGUUGGAAGUCAGGUGACGCGUAAACCCCCGGCGAGCUAUUCAAAGAUGGUUGUUAAAGGUAUGACGCGUGCAGAAAUGAUACUGAAAGUAGUAAUGGACGCCUCCGAUACGAAUGCUAAAUACGUUGCGCACUACAUGCGAUUAUUGCCUGAAUCGGAUCCUUCCGAGUUCCAAAAAAUACUGGAUAUGAAAGGAGUUCGCCGAUCUGAACAGCAGCUCUUAGUGGACCUUUAUCGUGCUCAGCAAUCAAGUCAAGGAGAUCGUGAAGACAGUUCCACUUUCUCAGCCGUUUCAGCAAGUAACACACAAGGAUUACCUCUAAGUCCCGAUCAUGAAUCGAGCCGCAUAAAAAAACUUGAGAAGCUUAUUAAACGUCGCCUUUAAAUCCUGACUGAUCCUUUCAGAUUGUACCCUUAGCUUGUGUCAAUCUUUCUUUUGAUAUGAAAUCUGUUUAGAAAGUUAGAGUAAAGCAUUUUAACAUUU